CAAAAAGAAAGCUUUUCAGAAAACAACGCCUGCUUUCUCCAACACUAAAACUCACACAUAGUCGAAGAACCAAAACCCUAGCUCUUCUUUGCUGAUAUGGAAGAUAAAGAGGGGAGCAAUCCAGGAGCUGAGUUUACUUCCGAGUCGAGCUGGACACUUUCAGGGGAAGGGCCUGACUCGGUGUCCAACAGCGUUAAUUACUUCUUCGAUAUGGAAAGUACUAGUAUACUCAGUGAGUUCGGUUGGGAUCUACCACCGGAUCAUGCCGUUGAGUUUGGACGGUUUGCUGAAUUCAACCGGACUGAAGCCAUGCCUGAAUUGGCGGGAAACUUUAGUGGCUCACAAAGCUGCGCUGCAGCUGAUGAUCAUGGUGCUCGUUGUUCUGGCUCCGGGACGGCUUCGAAUCCGGGUGGAUCAGCUGACGUUUCGACAUCGAAUCCGUUGGUGUCUUCGAGCUCCAGUGAGGAUCCGCCGGAUAAAUCUACGGGAUCCGGCGGAAAGCCGCCCGAGAUACCGAGUAAGGUGAGGAAGAAGGGACAAAAACGAAUACGGCAGCCACGUUUUGCAUUUAUGACCAAGAGUGAGGUUGAUCAUCUUGAAGAUGGCUAUCGGUGGCGGAAAUAUGGACAAAAAGCUGUUAAAAACAGUCCAUUUCCAAGGAGCUACUAUAGUUGUACAAACAGCAAAUGCACAGUGAAAAAGAGAGUAGAACGCUCUUGUGAAGAUCCUACCAUUGUCAUUACUACAUACGAAGGUCAACACUGCCAUCACAGUGUAGCAUUCCCCAGAGGGGGAUUCAUCAGCCAUGAAGCUGCCUUUACUGGUCAGUUGACGCCGGCAGUCUCACAAUUUCAUCAUCCGGGGGAACAGUUACAUAGGGAAAUUCCUCCAAGCACAACACAAUCACAAUCACACCAAUCACCCAUUGACGCAGGAGAAUCUCGUUCGGAGCCCGAACCUACCUCGGAGCCUCCAACAGAUGAAGGGUUACUAGGUGAUAUCGUUCCUCCUGGAAUACGUUACAGAUGAGAAAGGAAAUACGGUAUGCUUACCUUCCUUUAGCUAAAUGAAGUUAAUUAACGUACUCUCACGCUCUGCAUGUGGUUGUCCAUUUGACUACGUGUGCUUUAUAGGGAGGUCUGCUGUAUCAUUUUUUAA